AUGUCUGAUUCCUCUAGCUCUGAAUCAUGCAACCCUAACAGGGAAUAUCCUGUGUCUGACUCUACAAAUACCUCACAUGCAAGAAGACCUAAAGAAACGGUCUCAGGCUUCUCCUCAGCACUCGCGCUUGAUGAACAAAUCAGAGAAGGCUCCAGGUAUGUUCACAAAUCCAUUGCAACUUUGGUAACUGGAAUUUUGUCUGGUAAUCAUAAGGUUCUUGGGGUCUCAGUUCCCCUAAACACGAUUGUACCAGAAAAUGCUGCUUGUCAAGAAAAUACAGUUUCCUUAGCAAAGAAUGUGUCUGAUGAGGCUGAGCAAAAUGAUGCUCAUGAGGGGUCAAAUAUUGACAAACCCUUAGAGAAUGUGGGUAGUGAGGCAGUCCGUGUCACUCAUGAUGUCAGUGACAACCCUAAAGCUGACACAGUUAAUCUGGAAGAAUUCUCUGAUAAUGAACUUGUGAACAUGUGGAAGUAUGUUUAUCACAAGAGGCUGGCUUUAGAAAGGGAACUGGCUCAGAAUGUCCUGGAAUGUAAGGAGAUUGUAGACCUGAUUCAAGAGGCAGGGUUAAUGAAAACUGUGACUCAGCUCUCAAAGUGCUAUGAGACUUUAGUAAAAGAGUUUAUUGUCAAUGUGUCUGAGGAAUGUACUGAUGCUCAACCUGAGCUUGAGGUGAAUGACAAUAAAAUCUGUCAAGUCAUCACUGCUAAUCAAGUCAGGAAGUGGCCUCUAAAAGGUAAGUUGGUGGCCAGCAAACUCAAUGUCAAGUAUGCUAUGCUGCACAAAAUUGGAGCUGCCAACUGGGUCCCCACCAAUCACAAAUCUACAGUGGUUGUGAUGCUUGGAAAGCUCAUAUAUGCUGUUGGAACCAAAGCCAAGUUUGACUAUGGAACCUACAUUUUUGAUCAAACCAUGAAGCAUGCAGGAAGCUUCAGUGUAAAGGGGCCCAUAGCCUUUCCUUCCCUCAUAUGUGGUAUUAUGUUGAAUCAAUUUCCAAACAUAUUGACAGAGAAUGAUUUUAUGAAAAGAAGAGAGAGUCCUUUGGCCUUCAAUCAUAAACUAUUCCUAGGUAAGCAUGUUCGUGACAUUGCCAUGACAACAGGAGAGACAUCAAGUGUUUGCAAUCAACCAGGUAAAGCUGCUGUCAUUGCCAUACUCAGAGAGACAUGCAAGGAGCUAGAGGCAAGGAAGCUCACUUUGGAAAAUUUGAUUAUCAAAUUAGAGAUGUCUGAUGCUGCAGAAGGAGCUGCAAGGAAAAAUGCAGAGGUUGAAGUGGAUGCCAGUCCUGAUGAUGGCACUGAUGAUGAGGCUGACUUUGAGUCAAAUGAUUAA